AUGGAAAUUGAUGUGAAUCCAAUGGAAGAAUAUGAGGCUAUAGAUCCAAUGACAUUCAAUGAAAAUAUUCAAGUGGAAACUAACAAAGAUCAUCAUACUAAUAUUGUGGAACUUAACAAUGAUUAUCCAAUGAAUAUUGAAGACCCAGUUAUAUUAGAAAGGAUUGACGAAGAUGAAGAGGAUAUUUUGAAGCUGGAACUUCAAUUGAUCAACGAAGUUGAUGAAGAAUCUGGAAGUGAAGAAAAUGUUGAAUACGUUGAAGAAAAAGCAGAGGCUGAUGAAGAAGAAGAAUCAGACGUAUUAGAAAAUCAAACAGAUGAUGUUGAUGAAGAUGAUAAGGAAGAAGCACUUCAUAUUGAAAACCCAAAUAAAAGACCACUACAAGGUUCAUUAACUGAAGAUGAAAAUUUGAAACAAGAUCAAAGUAAUAUGGAAAUCAAUAAAACUCAAAAGACCAUUUUUUGA